AACUUUACUAUCGAUGUUACCUGCUGACAUUGACUCGAACAAAAUCCAGCUACGUACUAGAUAUUACAACAUUCAGUUAAAACAGUCGCCAUGAUCAGAUGGGUUAUUUUAAUUGUGAGCUUUCUGCAGAUAUCAGUACUGAUAGAAGGGGCCAAUAUUUUGUGCUUGACGCCAAUCCCUAGCCCUAGUCAUCACAUAUGGAAUCGAGCAUGGAUGGAAGCUCUGGCAGCGAGGGGACACAACCUGACCAUCGUUUCGGCAGAUAUAGAGCCCCACAGUAGAGAGAACAUGACCUACAUUCACCUGGAAAAAGCAUACUCCUUCCUUACACUGGAUUUGAAUGAAAUGGCAAAUGAAAAUGCUUUCGGCGGUGUUCGCAGUUUGUACGCUUGGGGAAUCGGUAUGUGCAAAGGAGCGCUUCAUUCCGAGGGAAUGAACAUCAUUAUGAACUAUCCGGAUAACUUCAACGUUGACUUGGUGGUGGCCGAUGUUACAUUGGGACCGUGUUUGUUUGGAUUGCUGCAAAAGUUUGGAAAUCCGCCUGUGGUAGGUGUUACCGCGUACAAUAAUCCAUCUUACACGAUAGAUUUUAUCGGAGGUCAUAAACACUACGCGUACGUGCCAUAUGUAAUGCUCAACUACGACCAUGAUAUGAAUUUUCUCCAACGAAUGUACAAUUACAUUGUAUUCCUGUAUGAUGACUACUAUCGCCAUCAUACUUUCUUGCCAACAAUAGAAAAAAUGAUGCGUCAGUACCACAAACAUUCCACCAUCCCAAGUGCAUCAGAAUUGGAGAAAAAAGUGUUCCUGCUGCUGGUUAACCAUCACUACUCUGUUGACUUUGCUGAAUCCGUUCCUCCAAACCAUAUCCCCGUUGGUGGCCUGCAGGUUAUCCCAGCCAAAGCCCUUCCACAGGACAUCCAAUUGUUCAUCGAAGCUGGUUCUAAUGGAGCUGUUCUGUUCUCAUUGGGAACUAAUGUGAUGAGCAGCGGCCUCGGCAAAGAACGGAUUCAUAUGUUUCUAGACGUAUUCAAAGAGUUUGCUCAAUAUAAUUUUCUGUGGAAAUUCGAAACAGAUCUCGAAUUUGCUUUGCCGAAAAAUGUUAUGAUCAAAAGAUUUUUACCGCAGAACGACAUAUUAGCUCAUCCAAAUGUAAAAGCAUUUAUCACACACGGAGGAAUGCUAAGCACCCAUGAGGCAACUUGGCAUGGAGUCCCCAUGGUUGGAAUCCCAUUUAUAUGCGAUCAGUACCGGAAUCUACAUAAAUCUGUACAGGCAGGAGUUGCCAUUAAAUUGGAACAUGAUGCGCUAACAGCUGACAAAGUGAGAGAUGCUCUAAGGGAAAUCCUCGAAAAUCCAUCCUACAGAGACAAUAUGAAAACUCGAUCCUCACUGCUCCGAGAUCAACCCGAACAUCCUCUGAAACGUGCAAUCUGGUGGAUUGAGUGGGCUCUACGACAUCCAAACUGCGAACGCAUUCAAUCGCCAUCCAAAUGGAUGAGCCUUUGGAAAAGUGAACUGUACGAUGUCAAACUAUUCAUGUUAUCAGCUUUUAUUGUCAUGACCUUGUAUGUUAAAUCAUUGCUGACCAAUGCACUAUCUAUGCGCAAAGAAGAUACAGAAGCUAGCAAUAAGAAACGGGAUUGAUGCUAAAAUAAACAACGUGAAAGCACGGCAGCGUCUAACAUUAGGUAUUAUAUCAUACGAUCACACAUCUAUGUACGGAAGCAUCUCUAAUUGGAAACACGUGCUUUCAAACCAAGCGUCAGCUUUCAUCACGUUUGUUUGCAAUUGCAAUUCAUACGUGCAGUGCAAUCUACGAUGACUAUGUAGAUUGUCCGAAUGACUUGCACAUUUUAAUCAGUUGCUGUGUUCAGAGGACAAAUAUACGUCACAAAUCAGUAACAGGCACUUGCACUUCAACCAUGGUUGAUCGUGUUAGAGUCAGAGUAUAUGAGUAGGGCUUCUUUGCGUAAACUUCGCUCAAUAAAGAUCAUGGUUGGACGAUGAAAAACCUUGUUGACGAAAUUCGAAUAAUCUCAUGAAUGAGCAUGAGCAAUGAUGUCCGUACAGUUUUUAGUUCCUACUCCUUGAUUGGCCUAAACAAUCGAAGUUGCACAAAAACAACUAACAGAUAUAAGUUGGGAGUAACUUUCCAUCUUCAAUGUACACUUUCGAAAAACUCCAAACAUUACGAUUCUUACAGUCAUCAAAGCAAGGAAAAGUAAUAAGUGUGACCCAGAUCAACUCUGCAUCUCCACGAUUGUCAUAGGAAGGAGUAUAUAAGUGUGAUCUGCAUUCACCUUGGCAGGUGAUCUGAAGUUGAUCUAAAAGCUACCUAUUAGAAUUUAAAGACAACGUGAGUCUAUACUGCGUCGACACUUUUAGUAUCGAAUCGUGAAAAGUUUUUUUUUUUUGUAAUGAUAAAAAUAGGUAAAAGGAAAUGUAUGUUUUUUAUGUAAUGUAAAACAUAAACAAAAGCUUAGGUCGACACUUUGAGUGACGAAUCAUUCAUAUUUUGUUCAAUAAACACAUAAAUGGUUGAAA